AUGGAUCUCGACAAAUCACUCGACGAAAUAGUCGCUGAAAAGCGAAAGACUGCUCCCUCUUCUCAAAAUCAAGGACAACAGAGAAGAGCACCAAGAGUGAGCAGCGGGAACGAAAGGAGAUCGAAUAAUUCACCUUAUUCUAGACCACCACCCAGAUCUACAGAUGAGAAAUGGGUACAUGACGCAUACCAAGGGCCUAAAUCCGGUAAUGGUAACGAUCGACGCGGCGAUAGGACAAAUACAGCUAGUUUGACUGGUACAGGUGCCGGAUUUACGGGAAUUUCAACUAGGAUCGAAGUUGUUGGAUUACAUUAUGAAGUUACUCCUGCAGAUCUAAAGGGGAUCUUCUCACAAGCUGGUACUUUGGUUCAAGGACCUACUAUACGUUACGAUAGAUCAGGUCGAUCGAAAGGUGAAGCUACGAUGGAAUUCGCUUCUCCUCAACAAGCUAAGAUCGCUAUUAACAAAUUCGACGGAGCCAUGACGAAAGGUCAAACAAUCUCUAUCCGUCUCCUCCCACCAAUCGUAGCCAAACCCCGACCCGGUCCAGGCGGUCCAGGCUCAGCUGGACAAGCUAACGCAGGUGGUCAAUCGUUACUAUCGAGAAUUCAAGGUGGCGGUGUUGCUAACCCACCUGCGGGUGGAAGAGGUGGAAGAGGAGGUAGAGGAGGUCCUCAAAGAGGUCGAGGUGGUGCAGGUGGUAGGGGUGGUAAGAGAGCAGGUGGCGGACCUAAAUCCGAAGGUGAUUUAGAUAAAGAGUUGGAUAGUUUCAUGAAUAACUCGACGAACGGUGGUGGAGAUGUAGACAUGGCUUAA